AUGGAUGAUGAUGUGUCCCUUGCAAUAGACAAGGAAAUUGACAGAAUGGUUGAGCAAGGAAUUAUCCAACAUCGCACCGUUGAACGGGCGAUGCGUCUUGUUCAUCGACGAGAGUUCGUGCCAGGACAUCAACGCCGACAAAUUCUUCAACAUCCGUUUGGAGUUCAUCAUCGCGGCGGAAGAGUUCUAAUACACCUGUCACAUAUAGAUAUCUACUGCAAAGUUGCCGAAUAUCUGAGAAUCGAGAAAGGAAUGAAGGUGCUCAAUGUCGGAAGUGGAACUGGAUUCUUCAGUACGGUUCUUGGAGUUCUUCUUGGGGACCAAGGGACAAAUCAUGGUCUCGAAGUCCACCCCACACUGAUAGAGUUUGCUGAAAAACGGGUGCAUAAAUGGGUGCAAAAAACGUCUUCUACUGCUGUGGGAUUCAGUCGACCCGUAUUCAAACCGGGAGAUUUCAAUGAUCCGGAACUAUAUAGAAAACACUUAGAAAUGUACGACCGAAUCUACAUUUCAUUUGUCAACCACGACCUGGAUUGUCUCCGUCGAGCAUUGUGUAUGCUGAAGAUCAACGGCAUCUUGAUUGCACCGAUGAAUGGAUGGGUGAGAGUUUUUGGCAAGUGCUUGUGCCGAUAUACACGCACUACUGCGACGAAUGCGAAUUGCGAGUUUCUGGAGAGAAUGAGCUUUGCGAGCGGUUUUUUGAUGCCCGAUGGGAAGCGUCCACCGACACCGCAGUUUGAUAGAAUCGCCCCACUCUCCAUCCUAUGUCGCCAAGCACUUCGCACAAAGGUCCGAUCGGAAAUCUACAGUCAUCUUGUCAUGACCCGAAUCAACGCCUCUCUCCUAGUCCCGAUCGGUGGUGUACCUGAUAAAUCUGACGAUGAAGACGAAGGGCGACCACUUCCAACGCUGGACGCUGUGAUGAACGAAUACCUGCAUCGAGACGAGGGACCAUCAACAUCGGGACCACCUCCACAAGUGAUUCCGCCAGCGCCCACCCCUACGAGAAGAAUUCGAGAGCUGACUACGACAAUGAAUAGUGAGAAUUCUGAUGCGGAGCUUCAACAUCAAGUAUGGGCGGAGCUUCUGACAAAUCGAGAUCGAGCAGUACGGAUUCGAGCAGCUAAUGCUCUCGGAGCACUUCAUGGAGCACAUCUCCCCGAUGCACUUCGAGAAGCCAUUGAGGGUGUGGAGAGCGACGAAAAUAGGGAUCAGAGAUGCGUUCGAUAUAUCGAACAAGGAAGAUGGAGACACAAUUUGGGCGCAGGUGUUGCUAGAGAGAACAGGAGCCAGUGCCUUGCCAACGCUUUGAUUAUAUCUGAAGCCAUACGAGAGAGUAAAGAACUCUUUCCCAAGAGACUUGUCGAGUAUGGAUACUUUCAUAUGAAUCGAUUCAAUAAACUGAGAUUGGAAGCCACGGAUUCUAGGAAACAAGUCGAAUUUGCUGAACCACCUGAUGAUCCGAUAGACGUGAGAAUCGGAGAGAUGUGGGAUCGACUGAUUGCCAAUGGAAAAUCAAUUGACCUGAAUAGUCCUUGGCAGUUUGGAUUUAUUACACAACUGAAAUUCGAUCAAACUUCGCUGGGAAGUCUUGCAAGGAUGAUUGAGGAAUUUUUCGUCAUUGCCAGAAACUUCCAGAACCUUAUGGGCCUAGAAGAGGCACCCGCGCCAGAGCUGACGGUCACUGAGCUAUCAUCUAGAGUCAUUGAGCAAUUCUCGCAGAUUUGCCAAUUAUGGGAGAUGUAUCUGAAGCUGUUGGUGAUUGAGCCUCAGCCACGUGGAAGGUUUGGAGUUCAGCAGCGGGAUGAUUUGAGAGGUCGAGUACAUCGAAUCCGGAUAGAACUCUUCGAGAGGUGCCCCGCAGCGAGACCUGUAACAAUCCAGGAGGUUCCGGUUCGUGAACUAGAGAUACAACAACAAAUGGAACGAGAUAAUCAAGCCAUGAACGAAGUAAGGGAAAUGAUUGAGGAACUUUUUCGUCCGGAUAAUGGAUAUCCGAGCCGAAGAAUGUCAGAACCAUCGGGAUCCGAACCAAAUGGAUCUGCUACCGGGUCGUUUGAACAUUACCUAUUAGAACCAACAGUACCCAGUUCUAAUGUUUUUAACGCCGCGAACUCAACCAAUGGAACACAAGGAAGUUCCGCUUCUCAGAGAUCGGAAGACUUCGUCAAUGAAUCUAGACCUCCAGAAUCUAGCGGAUCUAGCUCAUCAAUAGAAGAAUCUGGUGAAGAUGAAAAUCUCUUUGAACCAUUUCAAUUCAUGGUACCUAUUGGAAUCAGGCCAACUCAAGAAAAUGUGGAUGAAGUGAGACGGCGAGUGAGAGAAGCACGAGAAGCGAUACAACGCCAGCUGAAUCAAGAAACUAGCGAAGACGAAACGAGCUCACCGUCAGAAACGGAAUCUGAGGAAUCUGACGAUGACGAUAGGCUAGACAUUUUCAAUCCAAUGGAAAUGGCUUUUCCAGAAGGUCCAACGCCUCCACGCAUUCCGGCGAAUGAAAGAUCCAGAGGACGACCAGAAGGAAGCUUCCCACCACAAGCUCCACUCGAAACACAAGAUCUAGAGGAAGUCCUCGGACCACACGACCCAAGAAGAAUAUAUUUCAUCCAGUUGGAUCAGAACCGUUACCACCCACUGGCCGAAGCCAUCACAGAACAGCAUGAGUAUCUGAGAGCGUUGAGAUCACAUAAUGCGGAUCCUGAGGAUUUGGAGAGACGUCGACAAGCGUAUAUCACCUGGAGAAGAGCGCAAAGACAGAAUGGAAGGACGGUGAGACGUCUGAUGAAUUACAGGUUUUUGAAUCAAGACGAGCGUUUGAUUCUUCAAGAGAUGGAUCGAUUGAUCCCUAAUCUCCAAGAGACAGAUGAGAGAAUCAGAAUGUGGCAAGACACUUUCGAACCACAACUGGUGAAUCGGAGGAGGAAUCGAAUUGGAAGAGAUAUCGCGGAGAUGGAUGCGAAUCAGCUGAACCGUCGUGUGGACUUUGAAGCGAUCCAACGAUCACCACCAGAUCCGCUCGUUUUGAUGGAUAUCGAUUUUAAGCCACCUUUGAGAGUUCCACGUGUUUCUGGCGAUUUGAGUGACGAUGAAAUGGAUCAGGAGAAGCAGGAGUUGGAGCAUCGGUUCUUGGCGUAUGAAGCGGUUAGACGUUUGGAGGAUCAGAGGUCGGAAUCGGAAACGGUAUCAGAAUCGGAGGAUUCGGACUCGAGUGGCCCAAGAGGAUCGAGAUUUUUUGGUCCACGCAUUCGAUCGUCAACAAAUAGGAGACAAGAACGUCGCCGUAAGUCGGCUGAGCAAAAGAAGCGAGAGCGACAUCUUCGCGAACGAAAUUCCACCCUACUCGUUGCUCAUAAUAGUUACAGUAACCGGAUUCGAAAUCUACCAAUUCCAGAAUGUGUUCGACGAUUUUUGGCAGAUUUGACAGAGAAAAUAGAUUUUUGA